CACAGCUUGUUCGCGCGGCGCGGGGUUCACAUUCUCGCCGCGCCGCCAUGACAGUUCGAGCGCGACCAUUGACGCACCUCGUCGUAAACAAAAUGGAGUUGAAAAGUCGUCUAGCUUGGGAUAACAAACUAGAAAUGGAAUUUUUGAAGCACUAUUUCACUGAAAACAUACUAUGGAACCAAAAAAAUCCUUACUACAGGGACAGACACCAAAAUUAUUUAGCAUGGGAUAGGAUCAGCAACGCCAUGAAUAUGGACAUCGAAGAACUAAAAAAGAAAAAAGACUCUCUGUUAUCUAGUUAUCGUCUUUAUAGAAAUAAGGUUAAGAAGUCGUUGAUAAAUGGAUCUGGAGCAGUGUAUCAACCAAUCUGGUUUGCAUUCUCGUACAUGGAUUCUUUUCUAUCUAAAGGGCAAACUGAAGUAAAACAACUAGACGUUGGAGACGAGGACUCCGAUGAUCCACUUUGCCAGGAAACAGAAGAAGACGACAAAGGCAACAUUUACCUCAUACCCAUCAAGAACGAACAACUUAAGACGCCCUCGGCUAAGAGGCAACGACGCAGUUUGCCGACGCAGAAAUUUGAAGAGAGCUCGACUAUCGACAUGCAUGAGAUUAGCCAAGCAUACACAAUAAAUAAUCCCCAUGAAGAAGACGAUUGCGAUAGAUACGUAAAAAUCUUGGCUAACAAACUCAGAAAACUGCCGGAGGAUGAACGAAUAAUUAUCAUGCACGAAAUCGACGGCUUAUUCGUCAAACGAAUUCAGAAUAAGUUUAACUCGUCAGAAGCUUAAAUAUAUUUGAUAUUGUAGGUAGAUUGUAAGCUAAUUAAUGUGUCCUUUAAUAUAUUAUUAAG